AGUAACCAUCUCAAAACGGAGAAUCCAUCAAAUUGAGUUUUACCUUUCUUUCAGUAUUGGAAUGGAGUUUCAAUACUUUGUUUCAUUAUUACUACUCAUCUUCUUCCUCUUUCUACUUAUUCAAAAUUGGAAGAAGUCGAAAACCCUUAAGCAAAAGCUGCCUCCAGGCCCGUGGAGGUUACCAAUUAUUGGAAGUGUACAUCACUUGACAAGUGGAGUACCACAUCGAGUUCUCAGAAACUUAUCACAAAAAUAUGGACCUAUUAUGUACUUACAACUCGGGGAAGUUCCCACGGUAGUUGUAUCCUCCCCACACAUGGCCAAACAAAUUCUGAAAACUCAUGACCUCGCCUUUGCAUCUAGGCCAGUAACCAUGUUGGGAAAAAUCCUUUGUUACAAUUGUACGGACAUUGCCUUUUCCCCAUAUGGUGAUUACUGGAGACAGAUGCGUAAAUUGAGUGUCUUGGAGCUACUUAGUGCCAAGAUGGUCAAGUCCUUCAGCUCGAUUCGACAAGAUGAACUCUCAAGUCUCCUAUCAUCCAUCGAAUCAAUGGUAAAUUCGCCAAUCAACUUAACAAAUAAACUUUUUUGGUUUAUGAAUGCUGCGACAUGUAGGUCAGCAUUUGGAAAAGUAUGUAAAGAUCAAAAUGAGUUGAUAACAUUGAUUCAUAGAGCACAAUCAUUAUCCGGCGGGUUCGAGCUGGCUGAUUUGUUCCCUUCAAAAACCUUUCUACAUGGGAUUAGUGGGAUGAAAUCUAAACUAAUGAAAGCUCGUAAUAAAGUAGACACAGUCUUGGACAACAUUAUCAAUGUGCAUAGAGAGAACCGGGCAAAUGGAAAAAAAUGUAAUGGUGAGUCCGGAGUUGAAGAUCUGAUCGAUGUAUUUUUAAGAGUAAUGGAGAGUGGCGACUUUCAAUUUCCACUAACAAAUGACAAUAUCAAAGCAGUUAUUCUUGACAUGUUUGUAGCAGGAUCAGACACAUCAUCUUCAACCGUCAUUUGGGCAUUAACGGAAAUGCUGAAUAAUCCACGUGUCAUGGCCAAAGCACAAGCUGAAGUGAGAGAAGCCUUUAAGGGAAAGAAAACGUGCGAUGAUGAUGCUGACCUUGAAAAGCUUAAUUACCUAAAACUAGUGAUCAAAGAGACACUCAGGCUACACCCUCCAACUCCCUUGUUGGUCCCCCGAGAAUGCAGGGAGGAAACAGAGAUAGAUGGAUUCAUUAUACCGUUGAAAAGCAAGGUCUUGGUUAAUGUAUGGGCACUUGGAAGAGAUCACGAGAUCUGGGAAAAUCCUGAAUGUUUUAUACCAGAGAGAUUUGAAAAUAGUUCUAUUGAGUUCACUGGAAAUCACUUUCAAUUUCUUCCAUUUGGCGGGGGAAGAAGAAUAUGUCCAGGAAUACUAUUUGGUGUAGCUCUUGUUACUCUGCCGUUAGCCCAUUUGCUUUACAAGUUUGAUUGGAAACUUCCAGAAGGAAUUAAUGCAAGGGAUUUGGACAUGACCGAGUCAAAUGGAAUAACGGCUAGAAGAGAGCAUGAUCUUUACUUGAUCGCUACACCUUAUGCAUCACCUGUUGAUUAACUUUGAAAUCUGAGGCGGAAUCAAGAUUUGAAUUUAUGGAGUAUGGGGUUUGAGCUUGUCAUUAAUCUCAAAACUCAUUUCAAUAGUUAAGUUUGCAAUAAAAUAUUUAUUCAGAUGUAAUAAAUUUCUUGGGUUGGUCUGAACCCGAAAGUAGUACACUAGCUCUGCCCCGGUCUGAAACAUCAUUUUAAUGCUAGUAGUUUGAGGCCGGAGGAAACAGAUCUGAAGUUGGGCGGUCAAAUCGAAAUCAAAAUAUCUUGUGACUCGCCGACUCACUAUUUCUUUCCCUAA